UAUUUACUCUUACGCCAUUUCUAACAGAGUAGAAUUCAGUAGAGCUAAAAGUCUGUGAUGGUAAUGGCAGUAAUGGCAGUGCCAAUAUCCGCGUGUGGGGUUACCCUUCAGUGCACGAAUUGCAGCUCUUAUUCGUCAGGUAAAGAAUGCAAAUAUGCUGGUCAAUCCGUGAGAGCAUUACCUAUUAAAAUCCUGACGGUAGGAAAGGCGAGGCUCCCUGUUGUACAAUUGCUGGUGGAUGAAUAUAUUGCAAAGCUCAAAAGUUAUUGUCAUAUUGAUGAUGUUCAAAUUUGCUCCAAUCCUAAGAAUGCGUUCAAUGCGAGGGCACAGGUUGAAGAUGAAGACACGGCUAUUGAGAUACUACUAUUCCGACAUUAUAUGCUUGAAGAAUUUUAUGGGUUGUUGGGUUCUGGUCCUCCUAUUCUUGCUGAAUUGAGGGCCAUUCAAAUUGGUUUAACUUGGUUUGUGGAAUCAAAAUGGUGUGGUAAGGGUAAACUUAUUAUAGAGAUGGAUUUAGAAGUUGUAGUCAAAUGGAUUAAGUUUCCGGAAGCUUGUCAUAAUGGAGCUUCAAGAUUAUCAUUUUGCAUUGGUGGUCCUUAUGGUCAUGGACAACAAGUCCGAAAACAUGCUAAUGUGUCGAUCAAGUUGUCUUCUAUGGUAUUGAAUCAUCAAAUUGCACUUGUCGUGCUCAUGGAACAACUUUUUAGGUCAUGGACUAUUCUGAAAGGACAAAUGUACCAUCAUUAG